AUGAAGGCAGUUCCUGUCCAAAAGGGGGAACUGACAGUCCGAGCAAGACUGAUGCACCCAAGACAGGAUGCCCUGGGCAGCACAGAAGGGGGACCAGCUCUCUCCUCUCGUGGUUCAAUCAUGAUGGAUGAGGAUGAUGGAUUGAGUGAAAGAGGUCUCAGCAACUCCAGGAAGAGAUAUGAUGAUGAUGAAGACUACCAUUCCAUUUACAUCGGGGUGCCAAUGCCACGGGGCUACAGGAGGAAAAGGCGCAGACGGAGAUCCACCUCCAGCCGGGAUAAAACCAGCGAGAAUGAAAGGCUCUAUGAGCGCCAGGACCGAUCAGAUACCGAUGAAGGAGGGCAAGCAAGCUACGACAAUGGGAAUGACAAUGCCAGCAGGACGAUGUCUCCAGCUGCUGAACGCCUUCGUUACAUCCUGGGUGAAGACGAUGACCCUCCAAACCCCACCCUGUUCACUGAGAUGGACACACUGCAGCACGACGGGGAAGAAAUGGAGUGGAAAGAAUCUGCCAGGUGGAUAAAGUUUGAAGAAAAGGUGGAAGAAGGAGGGGAGAGAUGGAGCAAACCUCAUGUGUCAACGUUAUCUUUGCACAGCCUGUUUGAACUACGCACGUGUCUACAGACAGGGACGGUGCUCCUAGACUUAGAUGGCUACUCCUUACCACAGAUCAUCGAUGAUGUUAUUGAAAAGCAGAUAGAGGAUGGUCUGCUCAAGCCAGAGCUGAGAGAGAAAAUAAGUUACGUGCUCCUGAGGAAACACCGCCACCAGACCAAGAAGCCAAUCCACCGAUCCUUGGCAGACAUUGGCAAAUCGGUCUCGUCCAACACAAAUCGCAGUCCUGUCCGGAGCCCAGCAGCAGGGGCCAGCUUCCACCGCUCCACCGAAGAUCUUAGAAUGAGACAGAACGCAAAUUAUGGACGUUUACGCCAUGCGCAAAGCAGAAGCAUGAAUGACAUUACAGAUACACCAAGCACAGAUCAGGUACUAAAAAAUAAAUUCAUAAAGAAGAUCCCCAAAGACGCGGAAGCCUCCAAUGUCCUGGUGGGAGAGGUGGACUUCCUGGAGAAGCCAUUCGUGGCAUUCGUGAGGCUCAUACAGUCCACCAUGCUGGGCGGGGUGACGGAAGUUCCCGUUCCCACUAGGUUCCUUUUUAUUCUCCUGGGUCCUUCAGGAAAGGCAAAAUCCUACAAUGAAAUCGGCCGAGCUAUCGCCACCCUCAUGGUAGAUGACCUUUUCAGUGAUGUGGCCUACAAAGCCAGGGACCGAGAUGACCUGAUUGCAGGAAUAGAUGAGUUUCUGGAUGAAGUGAUUGUCCUCCCGCCAGGGGAGUGGGAUCCAAACAUUAGAAUAGAGCCACCCAAAAAAGUACCUUCCGCUGAGAAGAGGAAAUCAGUGUUCUCGCUGAACGAAGCAGGGCAGAUGAACGGCACCGCGGGAGGAGCGGCAGGAGGGGGCGGCGGCGGAGGGGGCGGCAGUGGCAGUGACGACGGAGACAUGCCAGCUGUGCAUGAAGUUGGGGAAGAGCUUGUCUGGACGGGCAGGUUUUGCGGCGGCCUGUAUUUGGAUAUCAAGAGGAAGCUGCCCUGGUUCCCCAGUGAUUUCUACGAAGGCUUUCAUAUCCAGUCUAUCUCCGCCAUCCUCUUCAUUUACCUGGGCUGCAUCACAAAUGCCAUAACAUUUGGGGGGCUGCUUGGUGAUGCUACAGACAACUACCAGGGGGUCAUGGAGAGCUUCCUCGGCACGGCGAUGGCGGGCUCCCUGUUCUGCUUCUUUGCCGGGCAGCCGCUCAUUAUCCUGAGCAGCACAGGGCCCAUCCUCAUCUUCGAAAAGCUACUCUUCGACUUCAGCAAAGGCAACAGCAUAGACUACAUGGAGUUCCGUCUGUGGAUCGGAUUACACUCUGCCCUACAGUGCCUUAUCUUGGUGGCUACAGACGCCAGCUUCAUUAUAAAGUACAUCACACGCUUCACUGAGGAGGGGUUCUCCACCCUCAUCAGCUUUAUAUUCAUCUAUGAUGCUAUCAAGAAGAUGAUCGGCGCCUUUAAGUAUUACCCUAUCAAUGCAGACUUCAAACCAGACUACGUGACCAUGUACAAAUGCGAGUGCAUUGCUCCUGACCCAGUGAAUACAACAUUGUUCAAUGCUUCAGCUCCGCUGGCACCAAACAACACUAACAUUUCUGUGUACAAUGCUAUUAAUGUAACAGCUCUGGACUGGACCCAGCUGAGUAAGAAGGAAUGUCUAAAGUAUGGCGGAAGCCUAGUAGGGAAAUCCUGUAAAUUUGUUCCUGACUUAGCCCUCAUGUCCUUCAUCCUCUUCUUUGGGACUUAUUCCAUGACUGUAACGCUGAAGAAAUUCAAGUUCAGUCGCUACUUUCCUACAAAGGUCAGGGCCUUCAUUGCUGAUUUUUCCAUUGUCUUCUCCAUUCUGCUGUUCUGUGGAAUAGAUGCCUGGUUUGGCCUGGACACUCCAAAGCUGCAUGUUCCCAGUAUAAUUAAGCUACGUAAACUUAUUAGUGACUUCUCUAUCUUCAUGUCCAUACUAAUGUUUGUUGGUCUCGAUGUAUUGUUUGGACUGAAUACUCCUAAACUGCAAGUGCCUACUGAUUUUAAGCCCACUCGCUUAGAUCGAGGAUGGUUUGUGUUCCCAUUCGGUAAGAAUCCAUGGUGGAUCUACUUGGCCAGCGCCCUUCCAGCUCUGCUGGUUACCAUCUUGAUCUUCAUGGACCAGCAAAUCACAGCUGUCAUAGUCAAUAGGAAGGAGCACAAACUGAGGAAAGCGGCAGGCUAUCACCUGGACUUGUUCUGGGUGGGGGUCCUGAUGGCCGUGUGCUCAUUCAUGGGGCUGCCUUGGUACGUUGCUGCCACGGUCAUUUCCAUAGCCCACAUCGACAGCUUAAGGAUGGAGACGGAGACCAGCGCGCCAGGGGAGCAGCCACAGUUCCUGGGAGUGAGGGAGCAGAGAGUCACCGGAAUCAUUGUCUUUGUCCUGACUGGGAUAUCCGUCUUCCUGGCUCCAAUUCUGAAGUAUAUUCCGAUGCCGGUGCUGUAUGGUGUCUUUCUCUACAUGGGAGUUGCCUCUCUGAAUGGCAUUCAGUUCUGGGACCGCUGCAAGCUCUUCCUGAUGCCAGCCAAGCACCAGCCUGACUACGCCUUCCUUCGCCAUGUGCCCCUGCGGCGGAUCCACCUCUUCACCCUGGUGCAGAUCAUCUGCCUAGCCAUCCUCUGGGUCCUGAAGUCCACUGUGGCGGCUAUUAUCUUCCCUGUGAUGAUUUUAGCCUUAAUCUUAGUGAGGAAAAUGCUGGAUUUCGUCUUUUCCCAACACGACCUGGCCUGGAUUGAUAACAUCAUCCCCGAGAGAGAGAAAAAGAAGGAAGACGACAAGAAGAAGAAGAAGAAAGGCAACAAAGGGGAAGAGGAGAGUGAGGAUGAGCCUCGGUUCCCAACACCCUCAGUUAUAAAGAUCCCAAUGGAACCCGUCCAAUCAGACCCCCAAAAUGGUAUCCAUUGCAUUACCAGAAAGAGGUCCUCCAGCUGGAGCUUUGCGUUCUGA